GUUACAAUAAAACAAGUUCCAGAAGCCAUGCGAUAUUCCAAAUAAAGAUUAUCCAAGCAAGUGUAGACGGAAAAAUAACUGCAGGCAAGCUCCUAUUAGUCGAUUUAGCUGGAAGUGAAAAACUGGAACAAAGUGACUCAGCAACCAAAAAAGAAUCAAACAACAUAAAUAAGUCACUUAGUGUUUUGUCUCGUGUAAUUUCUGCAUUAACUAGUAAUACAAAGGAGUUACCUCCAUAUAGAGAGAGUUGUCUUACGAGAUUGCUGAAGGAGAGCUUAGGUGGAAACGCCCGAACCAUCAUAAUGAUUUGUAUUAGACCUUCAUCUAAAAGUGAAACGAAACAUUCAAUGGAAUUUGGAAUUCGAGCUAAAAGUUUACAAAUAAACAUGCCGAAGAAAUGUCGAUCAGAACUGUCCGAACUAAGAGAAUAUCAGAACUUAUCUAAGAACUAUAUAAAGAAGACGAGUUAUGAGCUGCAAAAAUGGCGAAGUGGACAAUCAGUCCCGGAGGAAGAAUGGAUUCCACCUUUUGAUCUAAGCAAGGAGGAACCUGCAAUCUUAUACCAAUCCUUGGAUUCUCAUAAAGCAGCAAAUUUGUCUCUUCAAAGCUGUGAAGACAGAAAAACAGUCAAUCUGGAAAAAAGCCAGAUACUUAAAGACAAGAAACCAGAAGAGCAAUCAAAAAGUCAGCUAGCAACAAUAAAAGAAAUCUGCAGAGAACUGAACAAAAUGUGUUCCUGAUACAUAUUGACUUAUUAAUAGCUUCAAUAUUACUAAGUGCGUUCACUUUAGAACGUUUAACAUUUUUUUAAAUACUUGUCUUAACUAAUAUUAAGAAAUUUUUUAAUUAAGAAAUUCUUGUCUUAAGAAAUUCCUUUUGUUUGAAGACCAACUUUCAAUAUAGAAAAGUACAAAAAUAAAAUAUUUUUAAAAUUUU